CUCCUUCAGCAAAACCAAAAGCAAGAGGUGGCUGUACAGAGGAGGAAUGGGAUGCUGUUCUACCCAGACGUAGCUCUCCUGACUCAGCUGGUACAGCAUUUCUAACAGUUUGAACACCGUAGCCAAAGCUUUUCCUGACAGAUCUCUCCUUCCCAGUACCUGCUGUGCCACCUUACUUCCUUUUUUUCUUCUUUCCUCUUCUUAUCUGUUAGUGGGGAAUUUGGAGAGUUGGGAGAGGGAGGUGGGAGAGUCACAUCGUUCCCGGAAGAGAGGAGAGGAACGUCCAAGAUGACUUCUGUCCCCACAGCCAACUGGAACGUGAGCAUGAGCAACAGGUGGAACGUGAGCCUUGCUGCAGUGGGCGAUCCCUGGGGACAGGCACUGGGAAAUGCUUCUUCCCCUGUAGCAUCCUCAGCAGCCAACUUCUCCAAUCAGUUUGUGCAACCCUCUUGGCGCAUUGCCCUGUGGUCUCUGGCUUAUGGUGGUGUGGUGGCAGUGGCCGUUUUUGGAAAUCUCAUUGUCAUCUGGAUUAUCCUGGCUCACAAGCACAUGAGGACGGUGACCAAUUACUUCCUGGUGAACCUGGCCUUCUCCGAUGCCUCCAUGGCUGCUUUCAAUACUCUCAUCAACUUCAUCUACGCGCUGCACAGCGAGUGGUACUUUGGAGAGGCUUACUGCCGCUUCCACAACUUCUUCCCAAUCACAGCUGUCUUCGCCAGCAUCUACUCCAUGACAGCGAUAGCUGUGGACAGAUACAUGGCCAUUAUUGAUCCUUUGAAACCUAGGCUCUCUGCAACUGCUACCAAGGUGGUCAUUGGGAGCAUAUGGAUUUUGGCUUUCCUGUUGGCCUUUCCCCAGUGCCUAUACUCCAUAACCAAGGUGAUGCCUGGGAGAACUCUUUGCUAUGUAGCAUGGCCAGGUGGUCCAAAACAGCAUUUUACGUAUCAUGUCAUUGUGAUUGUGCUGGUCUACUGCUUUCCACUGCUUGUCAUGGGCAUCACUUAUUCCAUAGUGGGAAUUACCCUCUGGGGAGGAGAAAUACCAGGCGACACAUCCGACAAAUAUCACGAGCAGCUCAAAGCUAAGAGAAAGGUGGUAAAAAUGAUGAUUGUGGUUGUGCUGACAUUUGCCAUCUGCUGGCUGCCCUACCACAUUUACUUCAUAGUUACUGGGAUCUAUCAACAAUUAAAUCGGUGGAAAUACAUUCAGCAAAUCUAUUUAGCCAGCUUUUGGCUUGCCAUGAGCUCUACAAUGUACAAUCCCAUUAUCUACUGCUGUCUUAAUAAGAGGUUCCGAGCUGGCUUCAAGCGAGCUUUCCGCUGGUGCCCCUUCAUUGAGGUGUCCAGCUAUGAUGAACUAGAGCUCAAGGCAGCCAGGUUUCAUCCCACCCGGCAAAGUAGCCUAUACGCUGUGUCCAGAAUGGAGUCCAGCAUGACAGUGGUGUUCGACACUAAUGAUGGAGACAGCACCCACGCCAGCCGUAAGAAAAGAGCAGCUCCGAGGGACACGAGUUUCAAUGGCUGUUCACAGAGGAAUUCCAAGACCGUCUCCACAACCUCAAGUCUCACCAGUUCACUGCACACAUCAGUAAGUGAUUAUUCCUAAGCAUUUCAUGGUGGCAGUUGCCAGAAGGGCAGCACUGGACAAUGCUCUCCUACUUUGGGACUAGAUAUUCAUACCACAGGAAAGCAAACAUAAUUCCACUGACGAACCAUAGCUAUAAAUAUUGUGAAACUUUUAGGCAUCGCUUACUUUUCUGCUUUGGAGAGAAAGAGGAAUUUGAAGACAUAUGUAUGCAUCAGGCCGAAAGCACAGUCGCACCUUAUACACGGCAAUGUUUGUAGGGAUUAUCUAAAAUAAGCCAAUGGCAAGAAAAACAUUGUUUCAGAUGUAUUUGACCUGUGGCAUUUA